AACAUAUUUAGAAUAUUCAAUUCUUUGUGGAUACUUGCUCAAUAUACUAUAUAUUACAUUUGAAUUUUUUAGUGUCUAAAGGCAUGCAGUAUGCCAUUACCAUUUAACGAAACACAAUGCCAGGAAAAUUGUACAUCCACAGAAUGUGUUUCAGGAUGCAAGUUUUACAGUCAAAUCAAAAACUUACCAACAACAGAAUUUCUCAAACUAGAUGCAAACAAAAAACCUAAAUUAAGAAAUGACUCAGUUCAAGCAACAAGCAGGAAUACAACGUCUUUAUCUUUCGCAUGGUCCAACAUAGUGACAAAUGGUGAACCAAAAAUAUCCAGUGUAUACCUAAUUAGCAUUCGUUCUGUGGCUGGUGUUAGUGGAUACUUAAAACAUCAGAAUGUUAUAGGAUUGAGUGCAAGAAAUGUAAGUACAGUCACUAUGGAGACAGUUUGUUCAAUAUACAAGAAUAAUAUUCGACCUCAUCGGAAUAGAAAGUACAAGCUUGCUGUUCACCAAAUCAACUACAAUGGUUAUGAUAAGGAUAAUUUUAUAGAAAGCCCAUACACAGAUUUCCUUAAAGUAAAACCAGUGACACAAUUAAAUGUUGAUGAUAUGCCAACAUUAAUUGACAACAGAGAUAAACCAUUUGUCCGCAACAAGAUUGUUUGGAAUGUAACUUGGUCGCUUCCAAUAGAUUUUAACGAAAAUCUUAUGAAAAGUGUAAAAGUUGAAGUGGGUUUUCCACAAUGUACUAUAACGCAAAAUCACCGAGUGGUCAGUUUAUUUGAUUAUGGUCCACACCUAUCGACACACCCUAUUAAGGAGCAAUCAAUGUCAUUUGAGUUCGAAAACACAGAAAAGGAUGAACUGAAAAGUUGUACUUUUGUUGUUAAAGUCACUCCCACGUUUGGAGAAUGUCUACUGGGAAAAACUACUGUGAAAAGUUUCACAUAUGAGGGUUGUCACACUGUGAAGGAUUAUGGCUGUUCUUUCGUACCAACAACCACAACUCCCAAGCCUACUGAUCAGCCCAUAGCAUCCAGUUCAGUGACAAUUCUACCAUUGAGACACAAAUGCCAGCGUUACAAUCAAGAAAUAUGUAAUGGAAAUAUCUCAUGUAAAUCAUGCAGUGAAACUCUCUAUGAUGUUAAAGUGUCUUGGAGAAAACCUCAAACUGCUUCUCCAAUUCAACAUUAUGUUUUAAGAUGGGGAACUGGUUUUGUAUUUGGAAAUUUGCCUUUUAUUAAUAAGGAAAAGAAGAGGACACACGUGGAUCCUGACAAAUUGAGUCACAUUUUCCGUGAUAUAUCAGUUUCAACUCCAACUUUUACUCUUAUUGUACAGGUAUAUGCCGAAACCUCAACAAAGGGUCCAGAUCGUGGUUAUGCUUGGAAGGAUUUGACACUCCCAACAAAAAAAAUCUGGACCCUAAAUCAAACAGAUGAGUAUGUAUCAAGUGAAGGUUUUUUUGCCUUAUGCUCGAAUAAUUUCAUUCCUGAAUCAAAAUCAAACCAACGAAUUCUCAGAGCAGGUCAACACUCUAUUAAUGAACAAUGGUUUAAAUGGGCAAGACUUUAUUCAUAUUGCACGCAGUAUGCAUCAAUUGUUCUUAACAUCAGUUCAACGAUGGAUAUGGAUUGUGAAGGUUACAGAUGUAGAAGUUGUAUGAGGGCUUGUCAUGUUCCCUUACCAUUUCAUGGUGAAAAAUGUUUCAACUAUUGUGAUUCUGAUGAGUGCAUUAAUGGUUGCACAUUUUAUCAGCAGAUUCUGAAUAUGCAAGAUGUUGCCAAUGACGAAGCUACUAAUGCUGAUAUAGAAAAAAGUGACAUUGAAAUUGUUGAACAGAAUAUCAACAACAUUACCUUCAGAUGGAGCAACGUGACAGUAAAUAACGUGCAAAAUCUGUCAAACAUUUACUUAGUUGUCCUUCAAAUUUCAAACGAGUUCCAUACAAAUGCCCAAAAUGUCCUUGGUUUGACAGCAAGAACAAAUCGAGUAAUCACAAUGCAAAAUAUAUGUUCCACCUAUAAAUUGUAUGGCAAAUACGAAGAGACACAAUAUAAAUUGAACGUUUACGCUAUAAAUCACAGAGGAUAUGAUAAAAACCAGUUUAUAUCAAGUAAUUUCACAAAGUUAAAACCAUUUAAUGGACUAUCUAAUAUCACUAUUCAUUCACCAACUCUUGUACGAAGGGAUAAUAUGAACUGGAUUAGAUGGAACGUCACUUUUUCAGUUGUACCAGACACUGUGUCAACAGCUGUUCUUCCAAAGCGGUUUGAAAUGGAGACAAUUUUACAUACUUGUAUGAAUCCUGGCAUCCUUCCAUUAAUGCAAUUUCGUGCAAAUAAGUUUUUAACCUACAAAAAUGGUAGCACUUUUUUUGAAUAUCAAAACACAGCGCGAGAUGAAUUAGCAUCGUGUACUGUCAGUGUAAAGGUAAAAACAUUGUUAGGAGAUUGUCUUCUUGGUGGUACUACUUCUACAAGUGUUAUUUACGAAGGUUGCCAUACUGUAGAUAAUUAUAAUUGCGCUGAUGUAGCGACAACCACAGGAAGGCCUUAUGUCCCAACGGAUCAACCUCUCACUAAAAACAUGAUUAAUGCAACUAUUCAAAAAAAGUCUUGCAUCCGUUAUACCGAGGCGACGUGUAUCCAUGGAAACAACGACUUAAUUUGUCGUUCAUGCAGCAAAGUAUCGUACAAUAUUCGUGUUGAAUGGCAGAGACCGUUCACGCAUAAGAAAAUUGAAAAGUAUUUUGUAAGAUGGGGCGAUGGAACACCAAAGGUACUUAUUGAUGUCCUUGGACGAGAAUAUAACAGAACGACUACAAUUGAUACAUCCUAUGAUAUUAAAGAUAUUGAAAUCGAAGGUGCAUUCACAUUGGCUAUUCAAAUCUCUGUUAACACUGUCAACCGAGAUUCAACCCACGGUUACUUUACAGUACAACUGGAAGGACCACAACUUGCAUUUCCUAUCCUGGCAAGACAGCCAGCUGUUCCAGGUAAAGUUGACGCAAAGAAAAACCUCACUCUUAUUAUAACACUCCCGAUAGUAUUUCUUCUUCUAAUUUUUAUCGUCUUCAUGCUUCUUCAUCAUCGACGACGCAAAAAGACGGACAGUGUUGUAGUAUCGCGGACACACGCCGACAAAAAUAUAUACGUCAACCAAAACAGUAUCAAGUAUGAUGGAUGGGAAAUAAACUCUAAUGACAUAAAAAUUGGAAACAGAAUUGGAUCUGGCGCAUUUAGAACUGUAUUCAGUGCUACAAUCAAUACAGGUGCGCUUGCAAGAUUAAAGUACGCUAAACAAAUUGCUGACUCGGUUUUACUAUCUCAACAAAACCUGAAGGUAGCAGUAAAAAUACUGAAAGAUGGCUCUCCAGGAAAGAAUUACGAUAUCUUUAAAGAAGAAUUCAAGAUAAUGAAAAGCAUUGGAUAUCAUAAGAAUAUAUUGAAUUACAUUGGCUGUAGUACAAUAAAUGAUCCACAUUGUAUUGUAACAGAAUUUAUGGAAAAUGGUGACCUUUUGCAAUAUCUGAGAGACAGAAGACAGCAGAUAUGUUCAACCAAGUCAAGUGUUUCUGGUAAUAACCAAUCAUUUAUUUUCACACAACAAUAUCUGGAUACGUUGAAGCAAGCAGACGGCACAGAUGUGAUUACUCCUCGUGUUCUUCUUUCUUUCGCAUGGCAAGUGGCUUGUGGAAUGGAAUAUCUAUCCAGCAAAAAAUUUAUUCACCGCGAUUUAGCCUGUCGCAACAUUCUGGUUGGCGUUGAUCAUGUCAUCAAAAUCUCAGAUUUCAGUUUGACCAAAGAAGUUAGUUUAGAUGCCAUCAUCCAGGAGACAGACAUUGAUGAGAAACUUCCUGUCAAAUGGAUGUCACCGGAAGCAUUACUUCAACAAAUAUCAAGCACGUGCAGUGACGUAUGGGCAUAUGGUGUGGUGCUAUAUGAAAUUGUCACACUGGGAGAAGCUCCCUAUCCUGGUCUAAGUAAUUAUGAAUUACUUGAAAAAUUAAAGGCUGGAUAUAGAAUGGAAAAACCUGAAAACUGCUCAAAAUCAUUGUACGAUAUAAUGCAACAUUGUUGGAACGAAACUCCGUUACAAAGACCUUCUUUUAAACAACUGCGCAUAUUAUUUUGCAAUGUCCUCAACCAAGAAUCCAGCGAAGACAAGGAAAAUCAUUAUUACAACCUGCAGUCCUCCUGUGAUUGUGGCGAAGAAGGUGACAAUCCAAAUCAUACAGCAGACUAACCUUUAAAUCAUAUAGCAGACUAACCUUUAAAUCAUACAGCAGACUAAGCUUUAAAUCAUACAACAGACUAACCUUUAAAUCAUACAGCAGACUAACCUUUAAAUCAUACAGCAGACUAACCUUUAAAUCAUACAGCAGACUAACCUUUAAAUCAUACAGCAGACUAACCUUUAAAUCAUACAGCAGACUAACCUUUAAAUCAUACAGCAGACUAAGCUUUAAAUCAUAUAUCAGACUAACCUUUAAAUCAUACAGCAGACUAACCUUUAAAUCAUACAGCAGACUAAGCUUUAAAUCAUACUGCAGACUAGCCUUUAAAUCAUAUAGCAGACUAGCCUUUAAAUCAUACAACAGACUAACCUUUAAAUCAUACAGCAGACUAAGCUUUAAAUCAUACAGCAGACUAACCUUUAAAUCAUAUAGCAGACUAGCCUUUGAAAAAGUACAUAGCUAUUGUCGCUGUUUCUUGGUGUGUGAGCUUUUACAGAAUUAAUUUGCCGCAGCUUUUUCUUUUGAAAAAAAUAGAUUUGGUUUUUGAAUUCCACACUUUAAACUUGAUAAAUGUUGAGUUUCAGAUCCAUACAACUAACAGACAAUAUGUAAGAUGACUUGCCAAUGUUUACUAAAUUUUACAAAAAUUUGCGGAUUUUUUGUACACAAACGCGCAUUUUGGUAGGUAAAAAACAUGAUAAAAUGGUUAUUAUUGAAUUUCAUAUAAAAUAUUUCGAAGCACAAAAUCCAAACGCACCGAAAUAUUUUUUUUUUAACUACAGUCUUUUAAAAUAAAUUUUAAGCAAGUAUUUGUCUUUUUUUAUGGAUUUAUUUGACUGUGGUUUGUUGUUUAUAUUUUUUACCUACUGGCAUAAGUGCGCAUGCCAAUUUGUCUCAACGCAAAAUCAAAACAUGCCACACGAAAAUUAGUCUGUUCGGGUAAUGCGUAUUGAAGGACAUCAUCAGUUAUCAAAGUUUUGUUGUGUCCACAACUAAAGGCUAGUUUGAAUUUAAAGGACUUUAAUCACGCAUGAAAAUAAGUCAUUUAGUAUCUUAAAGUAAAAUAAUCCUGAACGUUCGCUACGAACUUUUGUUCGUUCAAGCUAAAGUCGGUCCUAAGUACUCAACGUUUUGGUUUGUGUAUUGUAAAAUACAGGUGGCGGUUGUGUAUUAAAUCAAUUUUUGGUAGAUAUUUCAGUACGUGUGUUUACAUUUUUAUAAUUUUUUAGCGAGUUAAUUAUUUUUGUAUAUUUAUUUGUAAAUAUUUUUAGUUUUUGUUUACAUUAUGAUAUGCGUAUUUCAGCAACUCAUCAGUUGCCACUAUUUUGGUGCUGUUGUAUUUUUUUUAAAACUAUGUAUAAGUUGAUUUGAUAGAGUAACAAUUCAAAACGA